ACGUAAGGUCGUUUUGUUGCUGUUUUUGUUUUUUAGCUCUUAUCCUUUCAAAAAACCCCCAAAUUUAUCCCCUUUCAUUCUACUCUUGUCUCUUCUCAAGCACGAAUCAUUUGAUUGGAAAUCCGAAGUUCACAACUGAUGAAUUCAAGGUUAUAUAUUUCAAAGGGGGUUUCUUUUCUGUUCAAAGUGACAGUCUUCUCCGGCGGCCUUGAUUUAAAUUUCCAGAUAAACUGAGUUUUUGACAAAGAAUAUACGAAAAAUCGGGAAAAUUCCGGGCGGAGAACAGGUGGGUUUUUUUAUUUAUGCCUGAUUCUGAAUGCUAAUCUGAAGCUCUGAAUCUUGGAGGAUAGCUGGCGAUUAACUUCCAAUCAGUUGAAGAAAUUUAGCAGAAUUUACUAACAAGAAAGCAAAAGAAAGAAAGAGGGUUGAAUGCUGUCUAUUCUUCUGCGGCCUACAAUUUAUUUCUAGUUCGAGAUUGAAGGAAUGAGUUAUGAAGAAAACUUUGGACUAUUGGGCUACAACGAUGCUAGCAUUGAUUUAAAUGCUACACCUGAAUGUUCAGACGAUUUUGUUGGGCAGACGAGAGAAAUAAUUUAUUGACUAUCUUUACUUAUAUGCAUAAGUAUUAGCUGAGACUAAAAUCUGACAAUUAAAUUGUAACUAUGCUAGUUUUAUAUUAAUUGUAAGGGUCAGAGACGUAUGAUAGUUAAAGACAUAGCUGAGAACGUAUUUUACUACAAGUUAAAUGUUGUUUGCACUUUCUGCUAAUCCUGCAAAUUUAGUUUCAGCAGAGGUACAUCUGCAUGGACAGUUUAAUAAUAACAAUUCGAUGAUGUAAAUGAAGGAAUUAUGAUGAGCGUCAAGGAUUGGGUUUUAUCUCAGCUACUAUCCAACUCAUUAGCCACAUCUAGGCCACUGUCUGCAAAUGACAGCCUUUUAUCUGAGGGACAUCUGGAUGAAGAGUUUCGCAGCGAAGCUCACACUUCAAUUAGAGUCCCUGUUUCUACCGGUUCAUAUCACCAUUCGGGAUAUAAUCAGGAGAAUCCAAAUGAUGCCCCUUACGCUUCUGGUGAUAGCCAGGAAGAUCAGGAUAAUUUCAGUUCACGGCAAAUUGAAGGUCGUGAUUCUAUACAGUCUGAUUGUACAGUUGAUGUGAAGAAGUUAGACCCGGUGGGGAAGAUUGAGUGUCUUCAAAUUAAGUUCUUGCGUCUUCUUAGGCGAUUUGGCUUUUCACAAGAUAACCUUUUGGUGUCAAAGGUCUUAUACCGGCUUCAGCUUGCAAUGUUGAUACGAGCAGGGGAAUCAGAUCUUAGAAGGGUGAAUAUAAGAAUUGAUAGGGCUCAGGAAAUUGCAGCAGAAAGAGAGGUAUCUGGACUUCCUAAACUGGAUUUCUCCAUCAAAAUACUUGUGCUGGGCAAAAGUGGUGUUGGGAAGAGCUCAACCAUAAAUUCCGUAUUGAAUCAAAUGAAGGCACCGACUAAUGCUUUUCAGCCUGCUACUGAUCACAUUCAGGAGAUUGUGGGAACUGUGAAUGGUAUUAGAAUUUCCUUCAUUGACACUCCUGGCCUUUUGCCUUCAUCACCAAGUUCCUUCAGAAAAAACCGGAAAAUUUUACACUCUGUGAAGCAAUUUGUGAGAAAAUCUCCUCCAGACAUCAUAUUGUAUUUUGAACGCUUAGACUUGAUCAACAUGGGUUAUAGCGAUUUCCCAUUGCUGAAGCUUGUAACUGAAGUCUUUAAUCCAGCAAUAUGGUUUAACACCAUUCUCGUCAUGACUCAUGCUUCCUCAUCGCUUCCUGAAGGUCCCAAUGGUUAUCCUAUCAGCUAUGGUUCUUUCAUCAGUCACUGCACAGAUUUGGUACAACACUAUAUUCACCAGGCCGUGUCGGAUACGAAACUUGAGAAUCCUGUACUUUUGGUGGACAAUCAUCCUCAUUGCAGGACUGAUAGCAAGGGAGAGAAAAUUCUUCCAAAUGGACAAGUGUGGAAGUAUCAAUUUUUUUUAUUGUGCUUAUGUACCAAAGUUUUGGGUGAUGUGAAUAACCUCUUGGACUUUAGAGACAGCAUACAACUAGGACCAUUUAGUAGUAAUCGACUUCCUUCUCUUCCUCAUCUUCUUUCUUCUUUUCUUAAGCAUCAUACUGAACUGAAGCUGAAUGAAUCAGAUAACAAAAUUGAUGAGGUUCUUCUUUCAGACUUUGAAGAAGAUGAUGGUUAUGAUCAGUUACCUCCAAUUCGUAUUUUAACGAAAGCACAAUUUGAGAAAUUGAAAAGCUCUCAGAAGAAGCAAUAUCUGGAUGAGUUGGAUUACAGGGAGACCCUCUAUUUGAGAAAACAGCUGCUAGAAGAAUCUCGAAGAAUAAGGGAAAAACUUUCCAAUAGUCAGGGUUUGGCUGCUGAGAACCAUUCCAACGAUCAGGAGGUUGCGCCUGAGCCUGUUCUCUUGCCAGAUAUGUCUGUUCCUCCUAGUUUUGAUUCUGAUUGUCCAGUCCAUCGGUAUCGCUGCCUGCUGACAAGUGAUCAGUGGCUUGCAAGACCAGUACUCGAUCCUCAUGGAUGGGAUCGUGACGUGGGUUUUGAUGGAAUCAACCUUGAGACAUCUGCAGAAAUAAGAAAGAAUGUCUUUACUCGCGUCACUGGACAAAUGAGCAAGGACAAGCAAGAUUUUAGUAUUCAAUCUGAAUGUGCUGUGGGUUAUUUGGAUCCUGAGGGAAAGACAUACAGUGUAGCUCUUGAUGUUCAAUCCGGUGGAAAAGAAUUAAUGUGCACGGUUCACGGUAACAUAAAGCUGAGGAAUUUUAAGUACAAUCUUACUGAUUGUGGUGUUUGUGUGACUUCUUUUGGAAACAAGUAUUUCUUGGGUGCUAAGGUUGAAGAUAGCAUCGUAGUUGGAAAGAGGAUGAAGUUGUCAAUGAGUGCUGGUCAGAUGGGUAGUGGUGGUCAAGUUGCUUAUGGUGGGAGCUUUGGAGCUACUUUGAGAGGUAGAGACUACCCGGUCAGAAAUGAUAAGGUCGGUGUCUCAAUGACAGUUCUUUCUUUGGACAGGGAGACAGUAUUGGGUUUGAAUUUAGAGUCUGACUUCAGAUUGAGUCGUAGUACCAAAAUGUGUGUGAAUGGAAAUAUAAAUAGUCGGAAAAUGGGGCAGCUCUGUGUAAAGACCAGUAGCUCGGAACGCAUGGAAAUAGCUUUAAUUGCAGCAAUCUCAAUUUUUAGAGUUCUGCUGCGCAGAAAGCCCCAUGAUGACUAAACAGACCACCGAGGUAAUACAUUGUCUCUUUAUAGCUGGCCUUCUUAAUUGAGGGAAUUUUUUGUGGUAGAGGCUUUUAUUCAGUAGGAUAAAUGCCAAAAAAGAGGGUUUUUUUUUUUUUUUUUUGGGGUUUUUGGGGGUGGGGUGAAGAGGAUAAAUUUAGUUUAGUUGAUCAAUGGGCCUAUCUUGAGUUUUUAAGAUGUAAUACUAGAUGCCUCAACACCAUGAUCCUCCGGGGUUCCGGUUUGGAUGGCAGCAAGGCUUUGAACUGUUCUCAAUGUGUAUCGUAGGACCUUGGCAGUAACAUCUAGUGAGCGAAGUUUAACAAGUGUAUAGGAAAUCCCAGCAGCAGGCGCAGACAAGACAUGCUUGGAAUUUUUUCAUAGUUAGAGGGAAAAUAAACGAAGUUUUUUUUUUGGUUGUUGCAAUGCUCGUGUAUUUGUGAGCUUCUCUUACUUACAAGUUACUUUUCAUAGCAAUUAGUGGGGGCAAACCAAAGUCGUAAAUUUAGACGA